UCCAGAAGUUUUGUUAUUUCCACACCAUACCAAAAUUUUGUGGUAACGAGUGCCAAUCUUUCUCUCACUCCCCUCUCCCUUUAAAAUGCUUCUGCUGUCUCCGAUCAACGCCUCUCUACCACCGACGUUUCACCGGGGACUACUAUUCCGGCAACCAGUUAAGACGUCAUGCAGGAUCAUAGCAAAGGCCAAGGACAACACCGAGUCUGGCGGGUUUCUUGAGAAUGCGGCUAUAGCCGGCGGUUUAGUGUCGACGCCGGUAAUUGGAUGGUCACUCUACACUCUGAAGACAACUGGUUGCGGUUUACCUCCAGGACCGGCCGGUUCAAUCGGCGCGUUGGAAGGUGUGAGCUACUUGGUGGUGUUGGGCAUCGUGGGCUGGUCUCUGUACACCAAGACCAAAACCGGGUCGGGUCUGCCGAAUGGGCCGUUUGGUUUGCUGGGUGCGGUCGAGGGAUUGUCUUACCUGUCGCUUCUAGCCAUUCUUGUGGUGUUCGGUUUACAGUUCUUGGAUAACGGGUCGGUUCCUGGUCCACUUCCAAGUUACCAGUGUUUUGGUUAACCAAUCAUUUUCCCGUCUUUCU